CUACGUCUCCCUCAAGCAUUUUUUUUCAUUUUAAAGCAAAAUUAAAACCAAAAUUAUAUAAAAAAAUUAUUGACAAAUCUUCAACGUCAAAAUUCUGCAGAUUAAAGGGAGAGAAAAAAAAUUAAAAAAAAGAGAGGAAAAAAAAAACAAAAAUCACAGUGGAAAUGCAGGGACAGCUUAGGGUUAGGCUAUCAAAGCAUGGAUUCUCCUGAACCUACUAAAUCCCCAAUUCCUUCUUCUUCUGCUGCACCCUCUUCUUCUUUUUCCCCAGUUCAAGAAUCCCCUUUUUCCAAUUUUAUUAGCAAUCUAUCUCCUAUAAAGCAUGACAAGGUACCCCAUGUAGCACCAAGGUUCUUGGGACUCAGUUCUCCCCCUCUAGUUUUUACAUCUCCGCGUAUAAAUACUCUAAAAAGGCCUCAGUCAUCCAAUGUGGAAGUAUCUCAAAAUGUUAAAGGAGACGAGCAAAGUACCAAUAGGCCUGGUGAUUUGGAAAGAUCUGUUAGUGAAUUGCACCGAGAAAUGAUCAUUGAUGUUAAGGAGGAUGAUACCAAGGAUUCUAUGUCAGUCCAACCUAGUAGUUCAUCUGGAUGUGUUGAUGAAUACUUGGCCGACCCUGUGGAAGCUGAUUGUGUUAACUCUGCAUAUUCAGUUAACUUAAAUUUGAAACAAUCUAAUAAUGUGCUUGAAUCAUCAGCAAAUGGUUUGCCAUGCUCAAAGAAUUUAGAAUCUGUUGACAAACAUUACUCAGGGAGAGAAGCUGGUGCAGUUCAAUUGCUGUCGGGGCAGAGUGAAAAAGGCCUUGAAACCUUUGACAUUGAGCCAUUGAAGAUAAAAGAAGAUCAACAUGGUGGUCAAGGUAUAUCUGAUGGAUGCCGACAAAUUGAUUCUGAUAUGUUUGAUCUUUCUUCCCAGGAAAAAGAAAGUAAAAACUUGAAUCCUCAGAAAGGAGUAGCAGAUGAUGGUUAUGGAUGUGAUGGUUUCCUUCAACUGCAGCCUGGAUCUUUACAAAUGGUUCAGGCAUAUGAAGGUUUUGCUGAAAAUGUUGGAGGAGUCACAGAUGCUCCAUUUUAUGACACUACACAUGAUCUUGCGGCCAUCGAACACCUACGUGGCAUGAGUAGGCGUUGCCUUCAAUUUGGAGAACCUCAACCAGAAUCUACAGCAAACUGCAGCAGUUCUCCAAAUCUAGUAAAUGAUGUGAUCACUUCAGUGCCACUUGCUACAUCUUCAAAAACAGAGGGUUUGGGUUCAUCUCAUGUGGAUUUAAGUACAUCAAGAAAGAGACGACUAGUUAACUUGUCCCAAUUAGCGAUAAACAUGAUUCCCCAGAGCUAUGACAAUAGGUCUUCCUUAACCGUUUCCAAGCCGUCAGGUAUUGGCUUACACUUAAACAGCAUUUUUAAUGAUAUACCAACAGAUCAAGGUGGAACUGUGAGCAUGAAGCUGGCAGUGGAUUCUAUGGGUACGGAGGGCAUAAAAUCAGCAUCUAUUACGAGUUGUCAGUCAAUGGAAAACAUGGAGAAUUGCUCGGAUGCAUUUGAGAAAGUAUCAACUGCUCCUCAGGAUAGAACACUUGAAGCAAAGGUUUCUACAAUUGAAGGUUCUGCAGCUUCUGAAUCACUUUGCACCAUGGAGUCAAUAGAGUGUCACAUGACCGUAAACACAAAAAGGAAGCUUAGCUCAGGGGAUGGAGAUAUUAACAAGGUGUUUAACCAACAAAGUCCCAAAAAUAAAAGGAAGAAGUUAUCAGAAAGCGAUGAGGGUUGCAAGCGUUGCAAUUGCAAGAAGAGCAAAUGCUUGAAACUCUAUUGUGACUGUUUUGCUGCCGGUAUCUAUUGUGCUGAACCUUGUUCAUGUCAAGGUUGCUUCAACAGACCUGAGUAUGAAAGUACUGUUCUUGAAACACGCCAACAAAUUGAAUCGCGUAAUCCACUAGCAUUUGCUCCCAAGAUUGUACAACCAGUCACUGAGGUUCCAGUAAACAGCAGGGAAGAUGGAAACUGGAAGACGCCAUCCUCAGCAAGACACAAAAGAGGGUGCAAUUGCAAAAGGUCAAUGUGUCUGAAAAAAUAUUGUGAAUGCUACCAGGCUAAUGUUGGUUGCUCCAUUGGAUGUCGAUGUGAGGGGUGCAAAAAUGUUUAUGGCAAGAAGGAAGAUUAUUAUGUGACUGAAGCAAUUGUGAAAAGAGGUGUCGGGGAGCUAUCGGAAAGUACAGUCACGGUUAAGAAGGAUUUCUUGCAUUCUGAGUUGUGUAAUCCACACUAUCUUACACCUACGACACCUUCAUUCGAACACUCAGAUCAUGGAAAGAAUGCCUCUGUAUCCGGACUUCUUCCUAUGAGAUGCCUUCCAUCGCCCGAGUCUGAUCCUACUAAUGUAUCACUUGCAAAAUCUCCAAGGACUUCUAAUACCAAUGACAUACUUCUGGAAACAAGUAAAGAAAAUUUGUAUGUCGGUUCUUACCAUGACAAAGUCAACUACAAUAAUGCAGACAACAUACUUGCUGAUGACUGUCAUCAGACUCCGCUACCAAAUCAUCCCUCGAUUAUUAUAGAUUCAUCAUCAUCUAAACCAAGGGAAUUGACAAAUCUUUCACGAUUGAAUUUAGGUCCUAGAAGUGGUUGUUUUACUUUAGGAGGUUCCCUUCGUUGGCGCAGUUCACCUAUUACACCAAAAUCCCCUAUAGACAAGGAGCUUCAACAGCUCGACUCUGACGGUGGACUAUAUGACAUUUUGGAGGAUGAUACACCUGAGAUGUUGAAAGACACUUCUACACCUUUAAAGUCUGUGAAAGCAAGUUCCCCGAACGGAAAACGAGUUUCACCUCCUCACAAAUUGCAUCAGCUCGGGUCAAGCUCUUCGGGAUCGUUAAGAAGUGGCCGUAAAUUCUUGCUAAAAGCCGUGCCUUCAUUUCCACCUCUCACUCCUUGCAUUGUUUCAAAAGGUAACAGUAAUGAGAGUAGAAGCUAUUAUGAAGAAGAUGGUAGCAAAGAUCAAUGAUCAAAACCUGCACUUUAGAGUAAGGUAUUACAUAUUAAUGCCUCCCUUUUUUAUGAUGUGAAUUUAUGUGGCUAAAAUACUGGUUUUUGCUACAUGAUUCUGCAUACAUGUUAGUUUCGGUAUGUUCGUCUUGGGACUGUUUGCUUCUAGAAAACAAAUGCCAUAAAAAUUUAGUUGAUGUUUCUUGUAGAUUUUUCAUUUGGAUGUUUGUAAUGAAAAACCAUGUAUGUUUCUUUCCUUUUAAUUAGGGGAAGGAAACAUGCCCUUCAUCCCUGCUAAAAUCAUAUUUUAUUUAGGGGUGAUUGCAUCAUGAUUAAAUUAUUAAAAAGCAAGAGCUAAAAUUAUUAUU